CAAUAUUCCUCCAUCAGUUCCAUUUCUACACCUGCAACUUGCAGGUGGUGCGUUAUUUAUUUUUCCAUUCUCAAUGUCUGUUAUUAUUUUCUUCGGGUUUUCGCCUACGUCAGGUUAAACUUCAGUGUCAUCAUCUCCGACCUUCUCAUAUUCAGCAGCCCUUGCAAAUUUCUUUUUUAUGUGUUCAUCGUGAAGUUUCUGUUAUGUUCGAACCGUGCUGUAAAAAAACCAAUUACAAAAUGUCAAAAACACAGAAUGUGAUAUUAAGGGUGACCAUCGUGUUGGCGAUGAUCGUGGCUGUGGUGGCGGUUUUGUAUUUCUCCCCUUUACCAGAGGGACACUUCGAGAGCUGUGAUAGACCUUGCCAUGACCUGGAUUGGCCAAUGAUAUGUCGGAUGAAAAUCCAUAUUGAGGCAGUGCAGACCAUAAGGAGUUGCGAAGACUGUGCCCUUAAUCAAACCCCUUCCCAAGACAUAAUAGUGAACCGGCAAUCCCCCGGCCCGCCAAUCCAGAUCUGCCAGAACGAUAUUUUAGUGGUGGACGUCGUCAAUAAAAUCCCCGGUCACACUUUAACGGUCCACUGGAGGGGUCAGCCUAACAACGAGGCGCCCUACAUGGACGGCGUUCCCCUCGUGACCCAGUGCCCCAUCGUCAGCUACACCACCUUCCAGUACAAAUUCCGCGCCACCGCCCCCGGCACACACGUAUACCAGGCGUUUUCCGACGACGACCGCUCACGAGGCACUUUCGGCGCCCUUAUCAUCCGCCAAAGCGAGAAAAACGACCCUUUAAGGAAACACUACGACGUGGAUUCCAAAAAGCACGUCAUCCUCAUCUCCGAGGGCGACGAUGCGCUGCUCAUCAACGGCAAAGCGCCUUCGGACACCGGGGCGGCGGUGGAGGUCUUCACCUUGAAGCGGAAUAAACGGUACCGAUUCCGCGCGGCCUUUGUGGGCGGCGACGGCUCCUGCCCUGUGUCCUUGACUAUUGACAAUCACCCAAUUAGGAUAAUUGCGUUGGAUGGAAAUCCUGUUAGUCCUAACGAGGCCACCGCUGUUGUCCUUGGGAAAGGGGAGCGGGUUGACUUUGUGUUGAAGAGCGGCCAGGGUGCCAGCGGAUAUUUUUUGAGGGUGAAGUCGUGCAGAGGAGAAGGGUUGGCCCUGUUGAGUUAUGAGGAUGGGGGGAAAGGUCCGGAGAGCCUCGGGGCGGAAAAGGACGGGAGGAGUUUGGAUACUGCACUUUGUGAAAGCCGGAUUGGGAGGGUGUGUUUGAGCGAUAUGAAGGGGCUGCAAAGGAUGCCCGAGAAGCUGAGGCAUAGGGAUAAAGUCGUGUACUUGUCCUUCGGAUCCAGAAUCGUUAAUGUCAAUGGCAAAUUCAGCUCGAGGGUGUACGGCGUCAACAAUUUGACAUUCACUUAUCCCUCGUCACCCCUACUAACUCAACUGGACCAAGUCUCCUUGAGUACGAUAUGCGACGAGCUAAAUGUCCCCGAGAAAUGUCAAGGAAAGGAAAUUUGCGAGUGUAUUCACGUGGAAUACAUCCCACUGGGAGCGUCAACCGAAAUCAUUCUUAUUAAUCAAGCCCAUGAUUCACCAGAUGAGACUGAUCACGAGCACGUUUUCCAUCUGCACGGAUACCGCUUCCAUUUAGUCGGAUUUCGACAGUUCGACAGCGCCCCCUCCACAGAAGAAAUGAAAUUUUUGGACAAGAAAAAUGCCUUGUUUAAGAGGAAUUUCAAUAACCCGGUUGUGAAGGACACGGUUCGAGUUCCGAAGAACGGCGUCGUUGCGUUGAGGUUCCUGGCGAAUAAUCCUGGUUUCUGGAUGCUGAGAGAUGAAAAGUCGAAGGGGUGGACGAGAGGGAUGGAUAUCGUUUUUCAGGUGGGAGAUUCGAGUGAUUUGCCUUCCACUCCAUCGGAUUUUCCGACGUGCGGAAAUUAUAUUGGUCCGGAUUUCUUCCUGAUGUAAGGCUGAAUCAUUUAUAAAACGUGAUAAUUGUACAAACGUGUGCUUAGUUAGACAUCACUUGAGUCAUUUAUUGUAGGAUAAGUGUAUUUAUAUUUGUUUUUCUUUUUAUUGUAAAAAUAAAUUCUGUUCUUGUUGUA